GAAAAACACUCGAUUUUGAUGUACUUGAUAAGCAUAGGUACAGACUCAGUCCUCAGCAACGUGUGUCGACAUGCGUUAAAUUAAAUUACAGAUUUUAAUAGCAAUACAGAUGGGGUGAGACUACAGCCCGGGCGGAGAGAGACCCCCAAAAUUUGAGAGUACUGGGAACUAGUUGAAUUCAUUUCCGGUUUGCGAAAUUUAAUAUGUAUUGGGUCAUCUCUGUAAAGUCUGGCUGCAGGAUGAAGAAUGAAUCAUGCGAUGACUUAAGAGAAAAAGAAAUUCAAUUUCUUAGACAGAAUUUAAAACAAUUUACGCUAAAGGAUAAUUAUUGUUGUGGAUAUUUUGAGGGCCAAAAGGAAAUUUUUGAGGAAUUUCUUGACAAUUUUCAAGUCAUUAGCUCCACGUGCUUCGUGCAUAACACGAUUAAAUCAAAGGAAAAGGGACACGAACGUUAUUCAAAUUCAGGUAAAUAUUACAAUUUUAAUUAGUUUGCAAAAACGGUUUUAUUUUUUCUCCUUCCUAUUUUAAUUCAACAAAACAUUACUUGAUAAUUUAAAGAUCAGUACUAAUUUAAAUUACAUGAAAGUACUCAAGUGCAUCAAAGUUUCGUCAUAGUUUCGCGUGACAUUAACAGUUAGAAUCAUUCAUAAAAAAACUAAAAAACAUUAACAUUCCGCUUGAUUAUCAUGAUUUAUAGUUGAACCAGUGUUCAAUGACAAGCGAGGAAAUAUACCUAUAGACACUUUUGGUAAUCCUUUCAUUGUCGUAAGUAACGAGACGAGGCACUGUCGACAUGGACCUGUCAAGGUGAGCCUUUUACUUUAUAGAUCUCAGAGAAUUGUAAUUGCAACUGAUGAACUUUUUUAUAUAUUAUAAUUCACAAAGCUGUGGCAUAGCGCGAUAUAGCAAAAAAACAAUAUUAAAGAUAAAGUUUAAAAAAUAAAUGUUAGUUUUCAUUGUAAUAGACUUAUUGUUCAAUGAAGGAAAGAUUGCUUGGGAUACGAUGUCAAAAUCUUUUACAAUUUGAAAGCCUCAGGAAUUCUAUAAUUCGUACAGCUGUGAACCCUCUGGACAUACGAUGAUGUUUUUUAAUGUUUUUGCAUACCUAUUUGCCAUAAUACUCUUUUCUCGUAGUACGGAAAAUCAACUUAAAACGUUUUUAGAAAUUGUUUAUGAUUUAUUAAAAAAACCAAAACGAUUUGUCCAUGUAUGUACGUAUCUAUUCAUCCUGGAAGUAUGGUGUAAAAUGAAACCACUUAACUAGUAGUAGAAUUGUUUUCUGCCUCAUGGAAUUGACAUUGAAGUUUAUAUAAAUAUACAUAUGUAUAAGUAGGUUUCAGUUGUAUUUUAAAAGCUUACAUUCACGGUACGUGAUUACGGUUUUGUUCAGGAUAAUCGAGGAGGCUGGCGUGCCAAAAAACAAGGUGAGCAUGACUACGCCAGUAAAUCAAGGCUCCACCUUCAGUCAUCAGCCAAACUCGAUUGCAAGGCAGCAAUCCAGAUCAGAUGUAUUAAAGUGUUUGACGAUCGCGAGUACGGCUUUGACGUGGAGAAGUGUCCCAGCAAAACAAAACUUAAAAAAGAAAAAGCAAGGAUUAAGAAAAAAUUGACCGAGGAUAUGUUGGUAAAGAAUCCCGCGACCUCUAGGCGUUACUAUGUGAGACUCCCUCUAGUUUCUGUGCACUGUGGUCAUCCAGUGGGAGAACCAUCGAUGGUAUCGCAGUAUAUCGACAAGAACAUCAGCAAAAAAAUACAUGAGCUUGUCAAACGAAACAUCACUAAAGUCCCCGAGGUGAAGCGCUUUCUAGAGAGUUAUGUGGAAAAAGAGCUAUUUGGCAGUUCUCCACGACGCCCCCUUAAGAGUAACAGGCGUUACUAUCCACGAAAUCGAGACAUCAGGAAUCACAUCGCGAAAGCUCUUAUGUCAUUGAAGCGGUGUGAUGAUGACCAAGAAGCUCUUAAGAGGAAAAUACAGGAGUGGUCUGRGAAUACACCUGAUGCAAAGUUUCACUACCGGAUGCAUGACCAAGUUAAGCAGGAGGACGGGUCUUUGAAAGAGGCACCAUUUCUGUACGUCCACCAAGAACCUUGGCAGCAGAGACUCCUCAUGCGCUAUGGUAGGGACGUUGCCUUUAUGGAUGCCACAUACAAGACAACAAAAUAUUCCCUUCCCCUUUUCUUUGYAUGUGUUCAAACAAACAUAGGGUACAAAGUUGUUGGCCAGUUUAUGUGCCAAAACGAGGAUCAAGUCUCCAUAAGUGAAGCCUUAGCUAUCCUAAAGAAAUGGAAUCCGGAAUGGAAGCCAAAGUACUUUGUGGUAGACUUUGUGGUCUGCCUAGCAGAAAUAGGUGCCCUUAAGGAGCAGUUUAACAACGCCACAGUAUAUAUCUGCGACUUUCAUUGGAUUCAGGCUAUGAAGAGGUGGGCAAAGUCUGGGAAACAUGGGCUAUCAGCGACAGAGCAAGAUCUCUUCAUCGCCUACAUGCAGAAAAUCACAUACGCACCUUCCCAAGCAGCUUACGAUAAAGUUGUCAGUAGCUUACGGGCCUCAUCUUUAUAUAAAUUUAAAGCUAAUGUCAAGACUUACGUUGAAAAGACAUGGUUAUCGUGUGCCUUCCGUUGGGUAAUAUUCCACCGACUCGAAAAAGAUGUCAAAAUAGCCACAACAAACAACGGUGUAGAAGCUCAAAAUCGUCGGUUCAAAUACGAUCAUCUACCAAGAUCAGUAGAUAAGUCAGUCUUUGGCAUUGCCACCAUUCUUGUAGAGUCUUUUCUCCCUGAGUCCCACCAACAUUAUGUCGACACGAAUGUGCGCCUAAGUAGCUGCUACAGGAAAUACACCUCCAACAUACCUGAAUAUCUGCAUAAUCGUCCCCCAGCGUUUGUUAAGCAUUGUCUGAACAGUAGAUAUGCAGCAGCUUCCUACAAUGAUGGUGAUGUAAAGGCGGACGAUAUAAAAGAUGGUAUUUUCACCGUGAAAAGCCAGACUGACCCCAAGAAUGUGACGCACAAAGUUGACAUGAGCUCUCCAAACUGUAGCUGUGACUCAUGGAAAAAAACCCGCUUCCCGUGUAAACACUUCUUCUUGGUGUUCUCUGCCUUUGRAGAGUGGGGAUUUAACUCACUUCCAAGUGCAUACAAGGACAAUGUAUUCAUUACAUUGGACAUUAGCAACGCACGGAAUGCCACUGUCAAACAUACACCAACUACCACAYCAUCUACAUAUACAGGACAGUCCAUGCAAAAUAGUGAACAGUCAAGUGCCGAGGAGGAGCCCAUGCACGAAGCUGACRAAGGCUCAUUAGACGAGAGCGUAUCACAAUCAGUCGACACCRCAGAACCCGUCAGUCUAAACAAAGUUACGCCGUCAGUUUCAAAACUCAAAAGGAAGGUCAUCGGCCAGCUUGACGCAUUGAAAAACAUAGUGUUCCUGGUUCAGGAUUCCAAUGUGCUGGCGUCAGCAUCAAGGGAGCUGGAGGCAUUGCAU